AUGGCCAUCAGUGAAACCAAUUACGGACUGAUUCGCAAGGCUACCGGUGUAGCGGCGUUUGAGCGCAUCCCCGUGCCAACAUUACCCGAUGACUAUCUGCUUAUUCGCGUUGUUACGGUGGCUGUAAAUCCUACUGACUGGACAACGCUUGAUGCCCCGGGUGAUGAUGGCACGCUGGUCGGAUGUGACUGGGCAGGAACAGUCGAAGAAAUUGGGCCAAAAGUGAAAAAGGCAUUCAAAAAAGGCGACAGGGUCGCGGGCUUUGCUCACGGAGGGAAUGAUGCUAGACCGCAGACGGGAGCAUUCGCAAAAUUCAUUAUAAACAAGGGCGAUACAGUCAUACGUGUUCCCGACAACGUACCAUGGGAGGCGGCCGCAUCUAUACCCUGUGCUGUCGGCACCAUGGGCCUUGGAUUGUUCAAGUUCCUCUCGAUACCAUUCCCGGGACUCGAAGCCAUCCAAACCGCCAAAGCGAGCCAAGACGAUAACAAGACUGUUUUGAUCUAUGGAGGCUCAACUGCCACUGGAACAAUUGCCAUUCAGUUUGCAAAGAUGGCUGGAUACACCGUCAUUACAACCGCGUCGCCCAAGCAUUUCGACCUUGCCAAGAGCCGUGGCGCCGAUUUGGUAUUUGACUAUCACUCUCCGACCGUGGGAGAAGACAUUCGCAAGGCGACCGACGACAAGCUCAUCAAGGUUCUGGAUACCGUCAGCAAGGAGUCUUCUGCCAAGAUUAGCGCCGAGGCACUCAGCAGCAAAGGAGGGACCUACGUGAACCUCCUGGGAGAGCACGACGCCCCCCGCUCGGAUGUCGAGUCCAUCUUCUUCCUCGUCUACGGUAUCACGGGCGAGAAGUACAUCUUUGAGGGCAAGCACUGGGAAGCGCAGCCUACAUACUACGAGUUUGCCACCACGUUCUUCCCCGUCGUGGAGAAGCUUUGGGGUGAGGGCAAAUGGACCGAACACCCACGUGAAGUCAGGUCUGGUGGUCUGGUUGGGGUGCUUGAUGGCAUGAAGGACAUGAAGGAGGGCAGGAUCAGUGGAUACAAGCUUCUGUAUCGUGUUGACGAAACCCCAUGGCCGCAGUAG